ACGCCACUGUGGCGAGCAAAACAUCAUCUGUGAAGUAGCUUUCACCUUCAACAAUUCUUCUGUAAAAGAGGGUUUUGCUGCUUGCUGUCAAAUCAGGUGCUUUUGUAACAAUGUCUCGUGUAUAUGUUGGGAACUUGGAUCCACGAGUGACUGAGCGAGAACUUGAAGAUGAAUUUCGUGUCUAUGGAGUUAUUAGAAGUAUAUGGGUCGCAAGAAAGCCACCAGGUUAUGCAUUUAUUGAUUUUGAUGACCGUAGGGAUGCUCAAGAUGCAAUUCGUGAAUUGGAUGGUAAGAAUGGAUGGAGAGUCGAACUAUCUCACAACUCCAGGGGUUAUGGUGGUGGUGGUGGUGGUGGUGGCCGGGGUGGUGGUCGUGGUCGUUCAGGAGGUUCUGACUUGACGUGCUAUGAGUGUGGUGAGCCUGGUCAUUUUGCUCGAGAAUGCCGCUUGCGUGUUGGUUCUGGAAGGCAUCGUAGCCGCAGCCCUAGAUUCUGGAGGAGUCCAAGCUAUGGUCACAGGAGUUACAGUCCUCGUGGUCGUUCCCCAAGGCGCAGUCUGUCACCUUAUCGUGGACAUUAUAGCAAGUCACCAUCUUACCGUGGCAGGGAGGACUCACCAUACACAAAUGGCUAUGCUAUUAGAGACCGACACCGAAGCAGGAGCUGAGUAUUGGGAAGGUUGAACUCUGGUGUAGAGAGACAAAAUAUAGAUUAUUAAUCGGCAAAGGAUAACGACUCUUGGACAUCAUUGCAACUUUUUUGUUGGGCGACGCCCUUGGUCAACUUCUCAGAUUUGGUUAAGUUUCUUUCUUACUUUAGUAUUGCUUUCGUUAUUUCCUUUUAUUU